GUUUGUAGACCUAUUUACAACAAAAUACCAUAUAUCAAUCACCCACAAUAAAAUAAUAAAGAGCAAUUUCCAUAAUUUAACGGUUUUAAUUGUUUUUGAAGAAAAAACAUUCAAAGUACUGACAAUAAACAGUAAAGAUGGUGCUCAGUAAGUUAUAGUAAAGACACACACGCAUACAUAGACACAGUGGUGUAGUCUAUUUUUUUGUAGUGAGUAUACUCUGAUUCUCCCCAACCUACUCACCCGACCCAGAUCGACAACCCAUGAGCACCACCACACUCACGAAUGCAUAUGCCUCUAUAUGUAAUGAAGAGCAAGAUUUCAAUAGCCAAUGACAGCUGGGGGGACUUGCUGGUUUUGUUAAUCACUGUCUAACUCAGCCAGUUAAGAGUUUCAUUUAGCCUAUAUGGUAUAUGUGUAUACAAUCCCUAAAGCACAGGUUUUAUCAGCUGGCAAUUUUCAAUGCACAUUUGUGAUCCGUGUGAAAACCCCAAAAGCACUCCCCGUUGUGCAUUUCCCUGUAGCCAGCCCCAGUCUUUGUAAAGCUGGCUGCACUGUAGGCGACGGCACCUGGAGAUGGUGUGAAUCUUUUCCAAUUCACUACACCUGCAGUAUCAAAACACAAUUAUGACAGUCACAAUUCUGACAAUAAAUGAACACAUCUGGCAUCUGUCAUCUGGCAACUGCAGACAUGAAACAAGAUUUAAUAUCGAGUAAACAUAAGCCAUUUUCAUCAACAUUAAAGUGAUUUACACUUGCCUGCAAAAUGUCAAUGGCCACUGCACCAUCCUGUGAAACCCUUGUUGUCUUUGCCGGGAGUGUAGGUACCUUCAAAAAGUAAAACAUAAAAAAACAACUGUUUAUGAAACAGAUGCACAUAAAAUAGAAGAAAUAGAUACUUACCUUUCAAUGUGCACAUAUAAAAAGACUUUUAUAGUGCCAACAUACCUUCAAAAUGCAAAUUGUUGCAUCCUCUGUGCUAAUCCUAGCCCUAGAAGUGAGAAAUUAAAUGUGAAAGCAACCAUCUCAUAUGGGUUUUAACGUUAUACAACGAACGCUAUCUAAUACAGAUACAAAACGAUCAUGUACUUUCAUUACUGACUGCGUUAUUUUAAUACAAGCCAUCAAAACAUAAGUUACGUUAACAGAAGUGUGGUGGAUUCAUUUUUUUGCUAUCCUGUGAUUUCAAAUGUAGUAAACGUCCCAUUAAACUGUCCAUUUCCCACAAGCAAUGCUUAAAAGCCUGGAAAGUAGCUUUCAAACACAAUUUUUCUCCGCACUCAUGCAUUUUAUGGAAUAGUCAACAUAUAUUAUCUAAGAACAAAUCAAUGUUUAAAAAAGAAUGGUUUGAUAAUGGGAUUAUUUUUGUUUCAGAUUUAUUAAAUAGUAAUGGUGAGAUUUAUACUUAUCAGCAAUUUCAAUUUUUUUCAAGGUUGACGUUUUCAUCUAGAGAGAUAUUAUUUUAUUGUGAAUAACAUCUCCUCUCAAUUGCUUCUUCUUAUUAAAACACAUCUUAGUUAUAACCCAAUUGUAAAACAGGUCCCAAAUAUUGUUAUAGGAGGUAGAUAGAAUUUUCAUUAGAAAAUGUCUCACCCAAUAUUUUAGUUGUUGUCUGAAUGCAUAUGGUCAGAGUGUAAUCGUUUUUUAUUGCGCAAUAAGGUAAAGGAAAUUCAUUUUAAGGUAUUGCAUAGAUAUUAUCCAUGUAAUGCUUACAUUAAUAAGUUUAAUAAGGAAUUAUGUUCCAUUAUGUUCCAUAAUACCAUUAUGUUCAUUUUGUAAAGGUGAACCUGAAACGCUUUCACAUUUUUUCUGCAGUUGUAGUUUUUGGCGAGAUUUUUGGAAGCAGGUUUCUAUGCUGAUUUUUGAUACAUUUCAUAAAUUAAUUGUAAUAGAUGAUUCUAUGAUUAUUUUCUUGGACUGUAACACUGGAUCUUCUUUAAUAGACAAAACACUGAAAUUAUUGAUACUUCUUGAGAAAUUUCACCUACAUAAAGCUAAGUUAUAUCGUCUAUAGCACCCUCUUUUAGAUUUUAUUGCAUAGAUUUAAAGCUGUUUUACGAAUCACUUGAAAACAGUUUUUCUUCUUUUAUUUCCCUCUCUUUCUUUUAUGAAUAUUGAUGUAGUAGGAUCUGUUAGGGAUACGUAUCCUGUUCGUCUUGUGUUGUUUUGUAUGUUUUUUUAAUGCAGUAAAAAAAAACAAAAUAAAAAAGUUCUAAGAGCUAACAUCGACGCCAUUUUGGACCUCCUUUAUUAAUUCAAGCGGAGGCGACGUAUUUCCGCUCGAGCGCUCCAGUGGAGGUGACGUAUUUCCGCUUUUGGGUGGAACUCCACUCGCCCCAUCGUCUGCAGCCAGCCUCCUCUCAACAAAGGAGAUAACGGCACGCAUUCCAACGUCAUACGCCAAAGCUCCGGUUUCACAGUCUACACGACAUCACUGAAACCGGAGUUUCAAAAAAUCUUCAUCAUAGCCGGAGUUUUUAAAAAAGUUCGGUCUCGGUGACCGGGUACUGGGUUUGCGAGUGGACGAACGGCAAAACCGCAUAGAAAAAGCUGCGGUUUUGAAAAUACCUGUGUUCGUGUGGACAAGGCCCAAGCGAGAACAAACGCGACUUCAACACGUGACACGGCGGUAGUAAACAAAUGAGCGUUUCCUAGCAACGACACUGCGCUACACUGAACGAGACGAGAAUGAAAUACACUUAUGAGCUUUCUAUCGCCUUCUGCUGCCAAACUGCUUCUUCCACUGACUGGGCCGAGUGUACCGUUUAAAUACUUUACCUUUUUUCUUUUUUUUAUUGCCAAGGGUAAAUACAAAGAAGUGUAAAUUUACAUUUCAAUCAAUGGUAGUUACAAUAAAUUACAAGUAAAUAGGUUGAAAAAAACAACAAUAACAAAACAAACAAAAAAGCUAGGAGAAAUAAAAAAAUUAAACGAGCGACAACAACAAAAAAAUUCAAGAAACAAUUAUUCAGUAAAAAAAUAAAAAUAAUAUUGCACAGUGACUUUUAACAAAAUAUAUUAAAAAAUAAGCACAGGUCUAAAGUUUUAUGGGCUUUAGUGUUUUUAGAAUAUGAAAGAGCCUGAAUGUACUGUUGAGUUUCAUUUUUAAAAGGAAUAAAUGAAGGCUUUUGAUGAGAAAAUUUGCAUCGAUGGAUAUGAAAUACUGUAGAAUAUUGACAAUAAAAUAUUCAUUCUUUUUUGUAUUACCAAACAACAUAUCUUUAAACAAUAGAGAAAAAUUCAAAAGCAAAUUAUGAUUAAUAAAUUUACAAAAAUCAAUCCAAAAUAUUGUGUACAAGGACUUGUUAAUGUAAGCAUUAAUGUAAAACAGUGUCUCAGAAACCUGUUCCUGAAGACACCAAAACACUAUUACAAAACAUUAUGGGGUUGUCUCGCAAAUGUAAAGGUUUGUACGUUUUUCCACAUCCAAAGAGUGCAUGCAACAUGCAAGGUCAUGUGAAUCAUGAGGUCAUUUGUAAACCUGAAUGUUAAUGGUUUCAGUUGUUACAAGCCGUUUCAUGUCCCAUUUGUCCAAUGCUGUAUACACUGCAAGACAGGUAAAGCCAGGAACAUUUUAAGAGUCAAGCGAUAAUUUGCAUUUGUGUACUUGUACAACCACAGAAAUAUGAAGUUAAAAAAUUUCCACCUGGAAAAUUGCUAACCGGGAAAAUAGUUGACCCAAAACAAAGUAGUUUUAGCUUGACACGCACACAUGCACACACACACACACACACGCACACACACACACACACACACACACACGUAUGUUUUAUUAUCUCCGUGGGGACAGUCCGGCGUAAGGUUUUUUAUACUGUACAAACUGUAUAUUCUAUCUCCUAACCCAACCCCUAACCCUAAAGAUCAUAGAACACUUUGUGCAUUUUUAGAUUUUUAAAAAAUAUUGUUCUGUACAAUUUAUUAGCUUUUUUGCCCAUGGGGACCUCAAUUUUGGUCCCCACGGUGACACGAGUCCCCAUUGAGUUGGUGUGCUUCAGGUUUAGGUCCCCACCGGGAAAUACAAAGAUGAAAACACGCACACACACACACGCACGCACACAUCUAUACAUUAUGGGGACUUUCUAUAGGAGUAAUGAUUUUUAUACUGGACAAACUGUUUAUUCUAUUGCCUUCCCCUAAUCCAAUCCCAAAACCUAUACCAUCACAGAAAACUUUCUGCAUUUUUACAUUUUCAAAUAAACAUCAUAAGCCUAUGUUUAAUAAUCCAUGUGAAUUGGAGUGAGCGGCCAUCUGUCCCCACAAUGUGAAACUUUUACUAUCAUUGUGGGGGCAUUUGGACCCCAGUGUAUAAAAACCAGUAGACGACAUGACAUUUCACAUUUUACUCAUUGUUGUAAAUUAGUUGUAAAUGAGGUUACAAUUGUAUUUUUCAACUUUUUCCUGAGUUUUUUCAACAUUCCCAUUUGCAUAUUCCUUCAACAGCACAAGCAAAUUUGCAACAGCCUAAAUUUGACCUAUUUGAAUAGUUAAAUAAAGAUUUGAUUAACAAAUGCGUCCGUCUUAGCCACGACAAAGUCUCAAGAAAUCGAAGAAAGGAGUGAUAGAAAACAACACUUUUUCUUUUUGCAUUUCUUAAUUCCUUCGUUUUGUUUUGCUUACUUCAUGCUGAAACCGUAACGGUACAACAGCUGUGACUUGUAAAAUACGUCAUAUUUUUACAUAAAUGUAAAAAUGCCCAAUGGAAGGUAAAACCCUAAAAAGUGAACAUUGUAGUUUUUUGUAGCUAUUUAUAACUGGCAUUUAUAACACAACACACUGACUGACCCAGUGUAGUCAGAUUGAUUCGCUCACAUUAUAACAUAUUUGUGACUGGAAACAAAAUCUCAAUCGCAAGUAGUGAAAUGUGAUGAUUCCCCAUUUUCUGGCAGUGUGAUGGUUAUUUUUGUGUAUUCGUUAUGUACACAGCAGUGAAAUGCUUGCUGGAGUCAGAGGGAGGGGCACUGGGGUUUAAUGCUGACUUCUGUUAACAAAGAUUCUUUAUACCUUCGGUCUCUUCACCUGCACAACGAACAACCAAAGGAAUGGCAUCAAAAGUAAUGAAAAUGCUGUUCCUCCUAAGCUUCAUUCUGCUACUAGAUAAUGUUGAAAAUGCAGGGGUCGUGAAACCCACUCUUGGUUCGAUUCAGUUGGUGGAUGGUACCAGCAGUUGUUCUGGAAGAGUUGAGAUUUACACAGAUGACUGGGGCACCAUUUGUGAUAUGGAUGCUACUGAAGGGAAUAUGAUCUGCAUGGAAGUGGGUUGUGGUCCUCUUUCAGUCGUAAAGAAAAGUGCUUUUUUUGGUGAGGGAUCUGGACCGUUACUGACGGAUGACCUGAACUGUUUUGGGAACGAGAACUUGGUGAUGGAAUGUGAAUGGGAUAACCACACCGAUGCAUGUGACCACUCAAAUGAUGUUGGAGUCAUCUGUGACCCCAUCGUCAGGUUAUGGGGCGGCAGUAGUAUUUGUUCAGGAAGAGUGGAGAUCUUUCACAAUAGAGUGUGGGGCACAGUCUGCGACAACGGCUGGGACACGGUGGAUGCGGCUGUGGUGUGUAAACAACAAGGCUGUGGAAAGCCAACAACAGUGUACUCCAACGCCGCCGUUUUUGGAUCGGCCUCUGGACAGAUAUGGAUGGACGGUCUGUCGUGCACUGGACGUGAGGAUUCUGUUGAAGAAUGUACGUUUAACGGUUGGGGAGUUGUCAGUUGUACCCACGCAGAUGAUGCUGGACUCAUCUGUGCAGAGGUCGCGCUGGUGGAUGGAGACGACGCCUGCUCCGGGAGGGUCGAGAUCCUCUAUCCCAAGUGGGGAUGGGGUACGAUUUGUGACGAAGACUGGAAUCUCUUGGGCGGAGAUGUGAUCUGCAAAGAGCUCGGUUGUGGGAGCGCUAUAUAUGCCACAACUGGAUCUACGUUUAACAAGGGUACAGGUCCAAUAUGGACAUUUAACAAAAACUGCUCUGGGGCAGAGAGCCAUGUGAAAAGCUGUUUAGCAAUAGGAACGGCAAACACCUGUAAUCACAAUAAGGAAGCAGGAGUUGUUUGCAGGCAUGCCAAACUGGUAAAUGGGCCAAAUAAAUGCACAGGAACGGUGGCGGUGCGUUACAACGGAGACUGGGGCUCAGUUUGUUAUAAUAACUGGGACACUAUGGAGGGCAUCGUGACGUGACGAGAGCUUAGCUGUGGUCCUCUUAAACAGAUAUACGCUGGACCCACAUAUGGAAGAGGACCAGGUCUGGUAUCACUGGAUGGUUUAGCUUGUACUGGAAGUGAGUCUUCACUUAGGGAAUGUCCCUUCCCUGGAAUAAACAGCAUCUGUACACAUUCCUACGAUGUAGGGGUUGCCUGCGGAGCUGUGAGACUGGUAGGUGGCGACAGUGUUUGCUCUGGAAGAGUGGAGGUUCUUCAUAGCAAUCUCUGGGGAACCGUUUGUGACGACAACUGGGAUAUAAACGAUGCAGAAGUCGUCUGUAGAGAGGUGGGCUGCGGCACUGCGGUAGAAGUGAAGAAAGGUGCUUUUUUCGGAAGCGGCGUAGGAAGAAUAUGGAUGGAUGAAGUCCAAUGCACCGGCACCGAGGGGUCGUUGUUUAACUGUCCAGCAAACCCAGUUGGAACGCACAACUGUGCGCACAAUAAAGACGCAGGUGUCGUCUGUAGAGAGGUGAGACUGGCGAGUGCGAGCAACAACUCCUGUCAAGGCACAGUACAGGUCUAUCACGACGGUCAGUGGGGGUCAAUGUGUCACAACGGCUGGGACGUCGCUGAUGGUGUGGUGCUCUGUAGAGAGCUGGGCUGCGGUGGGAACGUGCAGCCUUUGCCAAAUGCAUUUUUCGGACAAACUGCUGGGAAAGUAUGGAUGGAUUACGUCGGUUGCACAAGCGAAGAGUCAAACCUGAGAGACUGCGAAUUUGGUGGUUGGGGGAAAAGCACCUGCAGUCAUGCAUACGACGCAGGAGUAGUGUGCAAAAUUAUCCGAAAUGUGCUCAGGUUUGAAGUGACAGCUUCCGAGGUUAACCCGAACAGCCCGACGGUCAAGAACCAAAUCUUGGAUAAAUUAAGGCAAGAAAUUCAGAAGACGGGAGAAUAUACGGUCAACUGGAGAAUUCAGUCAAACAAGCUAGUGUUUCAGGAAAAAACUAUAUUUGAUCCCUAACAGGUUUUCGCAUCUUCUCCACAAGCCUGAAGAUGAUUUCACCCUUCACCCCUUCGCGGGAGAACAGUGGUUCCAUUUGGGUUUAGUUCUCAACUUAAAACACAAAAGGCUUUUGACUUUUUAGAUGUGAAGUGCAUUCAUUUCUUCUUCUUCUAAAUAAACACAUUUAUUAAAUGGCCAUUGCAGUAGAACAUUGCAGAUGAUCCCAAAUAAAGACAACAAAUAGAUGGACGCACCCGCAUGGCCCAAAAUUAACUUCUGGUCUGUGUUUGGUUAUAACAUAACAAUUUAUUUUUUAUUUAGUUUCUAUUAAUCUUUUAUUAUAUAUUCAUUGUAUUUAAUUAAAACUACUCGACAGUUAUAGAUUCUUUGCGUUAGGCACGGGCCACAUGUUGCCGCUGAAACCGUAUAGAAUCUCUGGUUUUAAAAUAAGUUUCAGAUUCAGCGAGAAAAUUGUAACAUUUGUUUAAAUAGAAGACACAACAAGGAACUACAACACAUACUGUUUAUAAAGAAAAAAGAUUUUGUGUGGCCACUUGUGUGCUUUAUUUUUAACAAAUGCAUUAUACACAUAUAUAUAUAUACCAAUAGAAUAUUUAGUAUUUAAAAAGAUCUCUGCGAUGCAACAGACAUCUGCAACGUAACUCUUUUAUAAAGCAUUUCUCAGACUAAUUCAUAGGAAUGUUGAAAUUAGAUACUGUAGUGCUAUCGAAGAACAAGAAUACCCCUGCAAAAUCUGUCCUGUGCUCUGUUCUCCUGCUUGUAUUGUAUUCUGAUAUAGAUUUGUUUGCCUGCACUUAACAUUCUGUGUCAUGCUUAACCUACAAUGCACGUAAUGUAUAUGUUGAGAAAUUCUGUUAAAUUGAUCAUUAAUAAUCAAGACAGACAGACUUAAAGAGUACAGACAGUGAAGCAACAAUAAACAUGGCAAACAUUAUAAUAACAUGUAUAUUGUUACAUUAUUAUAAAAAGUGGAAGCAUUGUGCAUUUCCUCUCUUGAUUCGGAAAGGAAAAUGUUUACAGGCAUAAUUCAAAAUCAAUAAAAUAUUUAUUCAGUUAAUAUGAUAGUCUCUUUCUCUAUA